CCAGCCCGCGGACAUGGCUGUUCCUCUCAGUCAGAUGGUGGUUCGUCGAAGGGGCUUUGGUGAUGGCGGUUAAAAAAAAAUGAUGUAAAUUUCUAUCGGCGGUUACUUAAAUCCACUGGAUUUGUAAAUUCAUGAGGCAAACUAUUGUGCAUUUUAGCCGCCGAGGUAAUUUUCCUGCUGGAAAUCGAAAGGCGGUGUCGCCAUGAAAAUUUUCCUCAAAGUCUUAAUUUCAUCUUGUAAUUGGGAUGGAAGAUUGACAUGGAUGGGCGAGUACGUUUUUUUAAGUCACUGAUGAAGCGGUGCAAGUCUGACGAACUGCCCCUGGAUGAGGAGCAGGGGCCGAAGCUGGGAGUUGGUGCUGAUGCAGCGCUCAGGCAGCAAGGUGAUGCUACUCCAGCAGAUGCUGCCUGCCCAUCCCGCAACAACAGAACUCAAGACUUGAAGAAAAUUCAGCAGCUGUCUGAAGGAGGUGGUUCCGGUGGCAUGUUUGGACAUGGUCUGAAGCAACUUUUCCAUCACCGAAAGCGGUCUCGGGAGCGUGAUCAGAGUAUACAAGAAUCUUCUCAACUUUACCACCAUCCUCAUGGACAUUCUGAUCAUGAUUCUGCAGAUGAAAAGGAACGAUCUCCUGAGAUGCAUCGUGUCUCUUAUGCCAUGUCCCUCCACGAUCUUCCUGCUCGUCCCACAGCCUUCAACAGAGUCUUGCAACAGAUUCGGUCAAGGCCAUCCAUCAAAAGAGGAGCCAGCCUCCACAGCAGUAGCAGAAAGUCAAAAAGUGGACCAACUGAUGCCCAGAAAGGGAGUCCACAUCUUGUCCGUAAGGCACCUCAGGACAGUUCACUAACUGCAAUUUUGCAGCAGCAUCAGUAUAGACCAAGGUCAUCCUCCACCACAGACACGGCACUUACUGUGGGAGAGAUUGGUAUUAUCCACCCAACAGGUGAUGAGUCGGAGCGGAUCACUGAUAAGCUUGAAAAGGGAGAUGUGAGUACACUCAGUUUGCCAGCAAACACCAGCCAUGGGGGCUCAGACUCCAACAUUAGCCUUGAUGUGCCCGACGGAACCCCAGAUCCUCAUAAGACAAAAGCAGCCAUAGAACACCUUCACCAGAAGAUCCUGAAAAUCACAGAACAGAUAAAAAUCGAGCAAACUGCUCGGGAUGAUAAUGUAGCAGAAUACUUGAAACUGGCCAACAAUGCCGACAAACAGCAAGCAUCCCGUAUCAAACAGGUUUUUGAGAAGAAGAACCAGAAAUCGGCACAGACAAUUGCACAGCUGCACAAGAAGCUAGAACACUACCACAGAAAACUAAAAGAGAUCGAACAAAAUGGUCUUUCAAGGCAGCCAAAGGAUGUUCUGCGGGAUAUGCAGCAAGGUUUGAAGGACGUAGGCGCCAAUGUCCGAGCUGGGAUCAGUGGAUUUGGUGGUGGCGUGGUGGAAGGUGUAAAAGGAGGCCUGUCAGGUCUCUCUCAAGUCACUCACACAGCAGUAGUUUCCAAACCACGGGAGUUUGCUAGUCUGAUACGAAACAAGUUUGGCAGCGCUGACAACAUUGCCCACUUGAAAGACACAUUGGAUGAGUCACACCAGGAGGAGACCACCAGGAUUCUGAGUGGCAGUGCUACACUGGUGUCAAGUCCCAAGUAUGGAAGUGAGGAUGAGUGUUCCAGUGCAACUUCUGGCUCUGCGGGUGGGAGUAACUCUGGGGCAGGGGCUGGAGGCAUGGGGAGUCCCAAAUCAAAUACAUUGGACAGCCAUCAUAACAACUUUGAUACUAUCCUGGAUGAACUUCACGAAAUUAAAGAUAGUCAGUCACAUCUGGAGGACGCAAUGGAAGAUUUGAAAGGACAGUUACAAAGAGAUUAUGCUUACAUGACGCAGUGUUUGCAAGAAGAACGAUACAGGUAUGAGCGCCUGGAGGAACAAUUGAAUGAUCUGACUGAACUUCAUCAGAACGAAAUGUCUAACUUGAAGCAGGAACUUGCUAGUAUGGAGGAAAAAGUUGCAUACCAGUCAGAUGAGAGGGCCAGAGAUAUCCAGGAAGCUCUGGAGUCAUGUCUAACCCGCAUCACCAAACUGGAGCUUCAGCAACAGCAGCAGCAGGUGGUACAGCUGGAAGGGGUGGAGAACGCAAAUGCGAGGGCCCUGCUGGGAAAAUUCAUCAAUGUCAUCUUGGCACUCAUGGCUGUCAUACUGGUCUUUGUCUCCACCAUUGCAAACUUCAUCACUCCUCUCAUGAAGACACGGUUCCGGGUGUUAAGCACACUGCUGCUGGUAUUGUUCCUUGUCUCCCUCUGGAAACAAUGGGAAAAUAUUGUGUACUUCUCAGAACAGAUCCAGUUACCCAGCUGAUCUAGACAUUUUUGAUAGCUGACAGAUUGGUGUGUUUUUUUUUAACAAAAACAAGGUUUCCUGACAUCUUGUUUUUUCUUCUCCUCUCCCAUCCCACCUUAUCUCAUCAGUGUUGAUGCCAUUGUUAGCUUGGCGGCCACGUGCAACAAUACGAUAUGUGGUGUGAUGAGGCCCAAUUAGAAGGAAGAGCUGAUUGAACUAUAUUUCUCUUUUAAAGAUCUUAACUGAACAGACUGUGGUGUAUUGGUUGCACACUGACUGAAGCGAGUAAUGAAGGAAGGCAGUUUGAGGAAGACACUGUUCAUAAUGAAUUGUACCAUUUCAGUAUUUUUUUUUUGUUUCCUUCUUAACUUAUAACAAAUAUUUAAGAAUUUUUGAGGGCCAGGAGAGAGUCAAUAUUAUUUGUGUGAUUGAUUGAUUAUAUAUUUAUUUAUAACUAAUAUACAUCCGAUAUAGCACAAAUGGUUUGCAAGAUAUUCUAAGCUUAAUCACAUUGCACAUUCCGGUUUAUGUAACAAAAGUCCUUAAAACUAGUAGAAAUGAAUCCUUACAUAAGGCACUCAGAAGUGGAGAAAAUAUCCCUUUGGACAGCUCAAACAGGCAGUGAAGAAAAUUUUAUUUGGCCCAGCUUUUGCCAUUAAAGGAGAGUGGAAUGUUGGAAGAAAAUUUGCAAAUGCUCUCGGCAACAGAAAGUAGUCUCCACAUUGGACCAUGUUUUACAAAGAAUUAUGUUUUACUUUUCCCAUCUUACAUCUUUUGUGUGUGUUCCUUUCACUGCUGCAGCUGCCAGCAUCAGUAAAUAAAGAAAUUGUCGCAGUUAUAUAUUGGCUAGUCGCUGCAGAUGUGAAAUGGCAAGAGAUGUCCUGGUCACUGAGAUACUGCUGGACUACAUGACCUUAAAUGGAGGUGGUAUGGGUAUGGAUAGUUUUUUAAGUCAUAGUAGGAUCCAUUAGUGCAGCAGAAAAUAGAUGCAUUACAACCUGUUCAGCAAUUCAGAUGGUGUUAUUAGGAAUUAAGACCAUUAUGUGUUACUAGGUAGAUUGUCUGUCUGCAAUUUUUUUGAUGUUUUUAAGCACAAUGAAUUAAUUCCACUUCAUUCUCCCUCCAUAUCUUUCAAUUACUUGACCUGUUAACCAGGCAAUGGACACAUCUCUGAUGGAGAGAAAGUAUUAGAUCUACAUGUUGGGUUUGGUGUGAAGACUUAAAGCUGUUAAAAUUAUAUAAGUAUAUUUUUCCCAACUGCACUGUUGGAGGGUGCGUAUCAGCUUUGUGUGGAUAUAUAAUGAUUGAAAAAAGUUUGCUUCAUGAGAACACAGUGGCUUUUGCUGGUGCGUUGCUUGAAUUUUUUUAGAAAGAUUUUUAAAAAAUUUUUCAAAGCCAUUUGGUGAAACAGCAUGGUAAUAUUUUCCAUUCAGUUAAGCAGUACUUGGUAGAUCAGGAGAUUAUAUGCGAGGUUUUCCUUUUGCUUUCUCCACUGUUCUUUCCCCUGCACCUUUUCAUAUUCUUGUAUUCCUUUCCAAAGACCAUUGUGAGCACAUGGAGAGCAAAUGCCUGACUGGAAAUAACAGUUUGGCUGUUUGACCAUCAGCAGCAUGGUACAACGGCACAGGAGAGAGAUUGUGGAAAUAGACCACAGUACAGGCAGAGCUCGGCCUGUGUGUAGGCUGUUAAAACGUCCACACAACAAGCAAACAUACAGUUGAUUCCCAUGAAAUGAGAAUUCUAAAUCAGCCUACACCAUAGAUUCAGAUGGCAAAAGUCAUUCUGCAAUUUUGAUCUUAUCAAUUCAGAACAUAGCAAUAAUGCUUACAUCCCAUUUUUUAAACAGUAAUUUUGUCUUGUUUUAUGUCUGGCAUUACCUGUUUGUUUGUGGGAGGAGGUGGAGUAUGGAAAUGAGAGCUUUUUGUUUCUAAUAUUUACAUCAAAUUUGAGAAUGAUUGUAAUUCUAAUAGGCUAUCCAAAUAAAUACUGAUUAUAUCGGGAAUCACUGGGGCUAAGGGUAGUGAGUGCAGCUCUCUCAAGUAGUUUGGCAUAGCACACCAGAUACCUAGAAUGGCGGAAAUACCAGAAAAGCAUUUCCAAAAGAUCAUUUUUCCCUGUUUUAAUCAGAGAAUUCAUCUCUUUUGGUGCUCAUUUUAUUUUGCAAACAAUUAGCACCUAGCAUUGUUUGAGUGCUGAUUUGAAAAUCUGUGUAGAACUAGUAGUGGUGCCUAUAUGUAGAGGAAAACCUUCACAUCAAUAGUCUAAAAACAAGUUAGAUACUAGCAUAUAAUUGUUGUAGUUACAUGGAAUUUGCUAGAACCUUGAUAUAACAAAUAAAUAUGACAGCUCGAAUAUUGUAGACAGAAAUUGUAUUACGGGCUGUUGAAACACGGAAGUAAUAGUACAGGGAAAGGAGGAAGAGAUUAAGGAUUGGAAUGUAUAAUGUAGCCACCCAGUUAAUUGAUCAUUUUAGUCAAGCUACAGUAUGCUACUAUAGUCAAGGGACCUGUUGGGCUAAUGCAAGGAUGUGGUGUCACUGGGGCCAUUCUAACACAUUAAUAUAGUACAUUACAGUGUGUGUGUAUGUAUAUAACAGGAAGGGUGAUUAAACAAGGUAGUAUGCUGUUAACGCAAUGGAAGUUCUUGCCAUGUAGGAAGGGAUGUGCUUUCCUGUAAAGGUACAGUAUGAGGAAAAAGGAGUGUACGGUUUGAAGGUCACUUGGUAAUCUCAAGUUUUUAACAAGACUGGAUAUUUUUAUGUAAAGCACUUUUUAGUUAAAGUACCUUUUUUCCUGUUUUGUGAAGAAUAACUUGAACCAUAGUUUUUGUAGCAAACUUGCUCGUUUGGUCAGAAUUAUAGAUCUCGAGCUUUAUGAAGAUUGAUGAUAGAGCAUUUACUGUCCUGAUCUGUUUGCAGGAAUUUAUGAUAAUAAAUAUCUUAAAUCUGUUUGUGCUUCCAAUUUAGUUUUCCAGUAUAAAUUCCUCAAUCAACAUUUUUAUUAGAAAUGUACUUUGUAGGCUUCUCUUGCUACAAAGAUGCACUCUUGCCAGUGCUGUACCUCUGCUGUGAGAGGGUGUGAUUGUAGUGUGGUAAGUUUACUUCUGUGUUUCCAUUAAGUAAGUGAAAGUAGGAAUUGAAAAUGGAAAUAGAAGGAUACUGGGCAUUUUAAAUGGGCAUUGAAUUAUAUUUGCACACCUUUUGGUCCAUUUAUCUCUACCUUCUAAUCCUGGUUUAACUGAUUCUGACUCUGUGCAAUGCUGCUGGACGUAAACUCAUUGAAUUAUAUAGAUGCUACUUCAUUUAUCCAAAAUAUGUUCUAAGGAAUUGGAUUUAUGGAACUAGGACUUCUUCAAUAGUUUAUUAAUCAUAUGCAACACUGAUCACUGUUCCACUUGUUCCAGUAACACCAGUGAUUUCCGCUCCCAUGGCAGAGUGAUCCCUUCCCAGAUACUUGCUGAAUUUUAUUGGUUUUAAAUUGUAUGACUAGUUUUUGCUCUCUCCACUUACUGGUUCCAUCCUUUUUUCUUAAAGCUUGUAUUCAACCAUAUUGCAUCCUUAUCAUCACUGUUGCAUCGUUCAAGUAAUCCUAUGGAUAAUAACUGAACUUGCAAUGCUGAAAUCUAAAAUUGAAAUAGAAUCUAGAAACAUAACAGAUCAACCAACAUCAGUGAAUAGAACAUAAAACCUGAAAAAUAAGUGAGAAGAUAUUUUAUUACAGACACACCAGUGGGAGGGUGGAACUGUACAAUGGGGAAACCCACAGAGCCAUGGUUGGAAUGAUGAAACCGACUUGUCUUAUUGUUUUUCUUUUCAUUUUACUCAUGAUUUUUCUUCAAAUUAUUAUCUGUAACAUGUGCAUAUGUAUAUAUCCUUUCUCUGAAUGUUGUAUCUUGCCCAGAUACAUUGUUCUAUUCAGUUUUGAAAACAAUUCUAUAUCCCAAAUGUUAGUUUAUCGAUUCACUCUCAUGCUGACUGAAGUGCUGUACAUUUCCAGCAUUUUUGAUUCACCUAGUCUUGUAUUUUGGACUUGUCUUUCAGCAAGGCAUUGAUCUCUGUUCAAGUAUCAGGCAAAUGAUUUUCAACAGCUAGCAAUGAAUUUAUGAAAUUAAUCAUACCCACUGCAUGAUUUGCUGCCUGGGUAUUUUAAUUUUAUAGAAAAGGCCAAGUGGUAGUAAAUAUGCCUGUUCACCAAUGGGAUAAAGCAAAUAAAUUUUAAUAGCACAUCAUUUGCUAUAACAAAUUGUUUACCGUCAUUAUGGUCAUGUUUGUGACUGACAGGAACAUAAACUGUACAUGAAUAGAACAAAGCAAGUUACUAGCCAUGCAAGUUAACAAACUUUCCUGUGGACCUUAUUUUCAGAAUUUUUGCAUUUGCCAUUUUGCCUCAAACUAAAUCGGAAAUAAUACUGAACAACAAUAACAAAAUUCAUUGACCGCAGAAUUAAAACCAAACAGCAUUUUCAUUGCAGAGAUUUUCUAAUAUUAUGAAAAAAUGUUCUUUACAUUAUUCAUCGAUUUUAAUGUAAAUAAUGGGAUUCAUUCCUCGUGUCAGCAACUGAACAUUCGUUGAUAUUUUCUUUUUCUACUUUAACAGUAUUGUUCUUUUUGAAGAUAUACUGCCACUUCCCAAUCUGAGCUUUCCCUGAGGAUUGUGCACUUCUCGCAGUAUCAAGCACUUUAUGUAGGCCAGUGGAACUGUAUCGUCAGGCAGUCAAAAGAUACAUUAAUCUUAGUGUUUAAGUACAGGAGGUACUAGAUCCUAUUCAAGAGAGUUACUUCAGUGUGUACUACAGUAUUGUACUGUAAUACUUUAAGUGCAUGUGACUUUGCUGUGACAGCAGAAACUGAAAGAGCAAAUACACCUGAUGUUCCUCUAUCUUGCUUUACUAAAGUGGGCUGUCUUAAAUCUUUUCGGAUGAAGGGUCUAGGCCCGAAACGUCAGCCUGUCUGCUCCUAUGAUGCUGCUUGGCCUGCUGUGUUCAUCCAGCCCUGCACCUUGUUGUCUUGGAUUCUCCAGCAUCUGCAGUUCCUACUAUCUCUGUCUUAAUUCGGUGGUAGAUCUGUAGACCGACACUUUUUUGUUGGUUAAUAGUAUUGUUUGUUCCCUGAACAUCAGAUUAUUUGCACCAAAGAAUGUUCUUCCUCUGUCAGUGACAAUGUGUUUUCCAUUGACGACUCCUAUUAUUCUUAAAAUAAUUUAUUGAAAAUAGUUAUAAAAAGCAAUAAGAUGUGGAAAGCAAUUAAAUGUCAAGUUUAUCUGAUUAGUGGCAAAGAUCUGGUAAAUCAUCAGUGAUAGUUAUUUGAGUAUAUGAAGAACAUUCAAGCAACUGAAAAAGACUAACUCUGUUUAAUAUAACAGCGUACCACAACUUGUUUUAUAUUACAAGUCUUAAUUGCUACUGUUACAGAUGUUUUAAUACUUAUAAUGUUGUGUGAUCUAGUUUCCUCUUUUCUCCCAACAUUGUCAGCUGCCACUAUGAAAGUCCUUGUGUUCUGAAAGCAGGCAUUAAAGGGGAAGUCCACUUUUUGGGGAGGGGUGAGUACUUUUUAUUUAUGGUACAUCCCUAUUUUACAGUAAAACUAUGUGAAAUGGGGCAUUUUAUGCCCUUCCUUUGUAAGGAAAAAUGGCAGACAAAUUCUCCCUUCCUGCUUAGUUAUUGAAUGACUGAGAUUGGGCUGGGCCAGAUCAGUUCGUUGGUUGGCCUAAUGUUUUAAAUAUUGGCAGUCUCCAUCAUAAGGGUCUGCUCUGCAGAUGAGAAAAUUCUUGGAUGUAAGUUUUUUUUUUGUUUUUGCAAUUUACAGGCAAGUUUCUUCCUCACCAUCAAUUGGAGGAGUACAUAAAAUAAAAAUGCUGUUCUCAUGUGCCAUAAGUACGUAACUAAGUUUUCAACCACAGUUGCUUUACGAAAUGAGACAAGGAAACUACAUGGAAGUUGAUUCUAUGCUAAAUAUAUUUUUGUUUUAAUGUGUUCUAUUUGCAUAGAGAUACCAGAUGACCCUUACUGGGUAUAUGUGCUUUGAAUUGGCAGGUUUACAGCAGUAGUUUAUUGUUGGCCUCUUUGCUAAAGACAAUACCAGAAAAUACUUUCCCUGUUUUGGAUUCUUGAAGUUGAUAGAUGGAGAAGAAGUUAGAAUUAGUGGAUAUUCAAAAAUAGUCAGUAAUGCAGUCAAGCAUGCAACAUGAUCCUACAGCAAGCCAUGUUAGUUGUAACGCUGUAUAAAUAAUUAUCUCUGGUUGUGUUCUGUCCUGUAAUAGAGAACAUAUGAAAAACGUUUCUUUGUAGCACAUACUGUACAAAGCCCAAAGACAAUUUUAUUGAUUAGAGGCAGUGCUCCAUUGUGUUACAUUAGUGAGUAUGACAUCCUCUCUCAUGGGAUGUUGUGCGUUGCAGAUUCUCAGUCCAUCUGGAUCAUAAGGCUUCCAAUUGAUGUAAUGAAUGUAGACUGCUACAAUCCUUGUUUUAUGUGCAAGGUCAAGAGUUUAUUUUAUCAGUUAUUUAAAGAGAUAUCUGAAGUUAUGAUAUGUCCUUAUUUUUGAGUGAAUUAUUUACGUUGCAGUUCUUGCUAACACUCCAAUUUGAUUUGAUUUAUUUAUUGUCACGUUUAUUUUGUUACAAAAUACGGUGAAAAGUGUUGUAUAGUGUCGCCACAAUCCAGCGCCAUCUUAAAACACAGAAAAAUUAACCAAAACACAGAAUCUAAAGGCAGAAAAAUAAAGAAAUAAAGAUAACAUGCCUUGCUGAAACUGAAUCCCUUCUUUACAUGUUCCUUAUGUGUAAACAAGAUCAGUGUUAUUGUUACAUCAACUUCUGGGGAACAACUUUGUAAAACUCUCAUAGUUCUGUGGUGUUUCCAGAUCGUGCAAACAUUUAUUGUUUCCAGUUCCAUUAUUUCAAGAUUAUUAAUGCUGUCUCAAACUUAUUUUGCUUCAAUCUUCAUGUUACAAUAUAUUUAUUUAUUACUUGAGAUCAAUGGCCCUUUACACAUCUCUUCCAUAAGGGUUACACUUGAGAGUACUCACUUGCAGGUGACAAAUGCUCAUUGCUAAUUUUAAAAUGAAACUUGCCUGUGCUGCAAAGUCUGAGUGGAAGAAUUUUGUGCUUGUAGUUAAAUGUACGUCUCUAUUCCAAGAUACCUACAAGGACAGGAAAGGCCAUUUGAACCACUGGAAGUAAAUUCCAUAUUUAGAUCUCUCCUUGUGUGAAGAAAUUUUUGCUGACAUCAGCCCUAAAACUAAUGUUUAAUUGGUUAAACCUGUCACUUAUUGGACACAGUGAUGACUUUCUUGUGUCCAAAGAUGAAUUAAUUCAUUAGAAUAUUGGAUGGGGAAAUUAAACAGAUCACUACCUCAGCAUUUCAAAGCCUGUUUUCUCAGAGUCAAAUGGAUUGUAGCCCAGUGCUAACACCAGAGGCUAGACUUUAUUCCUGGCUCAUCCUCUUCAGAGUUAAGCAUUAGUGGAGUCUCCGUUUUUGUGCACUGUUCUAGGGAGGGACAAAAUGAGGUCAAUUUACCGCUCCUAUAUUGCUGUACAGUGGUACUGGUUGAAAGAUGUGUGUAUGUGACUGAAAUAUGACUUUGAAGCUCUUCUUGGUUGAAUAGGUUGACAGUGCUCAAAAUGGCAGUGAGGAGGAGGAGAGUGGAACCAAAGGGUUUCUCACUUAAAACAAUCACAGAUGGAGUCAGUGUUUGGAAUGGCAUGUUAUGUGAUUAAAUCACUGGCAUCAACACAUCAAUAUAUGUCUGGCAGGUUCUGCUGAUACAUGGAUUUCUUUGGGAAUGUGUUGAAGUUAUGUAGAUGGAUUGUUCAAACCUGAAAUCGGACAUUUCGAUGCCAGUUUCUUUGGCUCUCAAGGUGCUUAAGUAACCAUGUGGCUGAAUUACUUUGCCAUGCAAAGCACGUCACGGUGCCAAGGAACUUAAUACUGGGUCUGUGUCAUUUGAAAUCUUUAAUCAGGAGAGCAAAAAUCAUGGAAGGAGUUAGAAGAUUUUUGAGUAGGGGGAUAAAGCUGAUGGCAAUAUCAGAUUAAUGUUGUCCUUUGUAAAUGGCAAGAAUAAGGAAAUACUUGGUGACUUUGCUGAUUCCUUGGGGAUCUUCAUUUGCUGGUGUUCCUCAUUAUAUGCUCAGCAUAAAGAUCUGGGCAUAGAGUUUCAAGGAUACAUUUGAUAAUGGAAUCUCCCAUCAUCCAUUCGUAGUAUUUUAUUUUCUGGAAGAAUAAAUGUCUAGAUAAAUUUACACUUCUGCAUUCAAUCAAAAUGAAAACCUGAAAUAAAAUUGUCAAAAA